AUGGGUCCUCUCGCUUUAGCUCCCAAGCGCAUUAAAGUCCGCACCAUUUCUAAGGCAAGGAAAGCCAUCACCAACCUCACCAAACUGAGGUUGGAUGGAUCGGAAUCGGAGGUCACCGUGUCCAAAACGCACGCUAGGAUGGGCUUCCGAUGUCCAGUGACAAUCGAAACGAUAUUCGAUGCGCCGACAGAGGCGCAGGUUGUUCAGUUCUACAGUUCGAGGUGUCCAGACGGGAUGUCGUUUUCCCACCUUUCCAACCCCGAAAAAAUAUACUGGGCCGAGUCUCUCCGAGAUAACACGACGCUGAUGGGCUUUAUAGUCUAUAGCCAGCUCCUCCCAUCCCUCCUGACGAACCGGAUCAAGCUAAACUCGGCAACCUACCACUGGGCCUAUCUGGACCCCGCCUCAGAGAAGGGCAGGAUUAAGCUCGGGCAACGCCGGGAAGCCGUCGCCAGGCUCAACAGAGAUGGCUUCACGCGCUCGGUAUUUCGCGGCCUUCCGUACGGGAUUGACACGGCAAAGUCUGCCGACGCGACCGGAAAAAUCGACGGUACCGUCCUGGGGGCCAUCCAUGCGACGUUCGGGGAGGACGCAAGCGCUCGUGUCCUACAGGCGUCCAACGGCAAGCUGCGGGGAGGGGUCACGCUGUUCGACGACUCCGUCAGCGGCAAGCUCCGUGAAAUUAUGGGCCAUUUCGACCAGGCGCUGUGGAAUGCGCGCAAAAAACACAAGAUAGAGCGGAUCGUCGCGGCAAACAUGGACCCGGCGGGUUUAAAUGCGAAGAUCGCGGGCGGCAAAAUGCUCGACCCCCGCGACGCCAAGUCGAUCGAGCUCAUGCACGGCAUGCUCAAGGGGUUGUCGGCACAGGUGUGGAGCCCUCUGAAGCGACUGAUCGGCGAGGCUCUGGGAGGGAGCAUGACUUACCCCUCGGCGUUCCUGAGGCUCUCAAGCGGAGAAUCGGAAGCGCUUUACAAGCAUCUGGUUAAAUCGGGCGUGGCGUACACGGACAUCGCCAAUCUGUGCACGCUCCUGGUGAUGAGCUACUCGUUCCAGCGUUCGCAAGUGCUCCGAGACUCGACGGUGGACGAGUACGUGCUCGUGCCGGACGGGACGCACUACCGACUCGUCUUCCAGAAUCGUCGGUUCAAAACUGCAUCAUCGACUGGAGGCUCCUCUGCAAAGCCGGUUUCGCAUUUCAAUCUAAGUUCAGAUCAAUCGAUGAUCGUUAAAUUCAUCUCCGGUGUGGGGCAUCGGUUCUGCAAGGUCAAAGACAUGGGAGACGAUACAAGGAGGCUGUUUCUUAACAGCAAGGGGGAAAGCUGGACCCAGAAGGACAUCGGGUCGCGCUUCAAGAUUAUCGGCGCUAACUGGCUAGGCAUCCAAAAAUUCUGCCCACACGCUUGUCGCUCUUUUUACGCGACGCAUGCCCUCAACACCGGCCAAGUUACUCCCGCUAACGUAGAAAAUUUCAGCAGUUUUUUGCAGGUGUCGAGCGCAACCCUGAGGAAUUCGUACAUGUCGGCGGGAGCUCAUACAGCAGCCCACACCCUCGGUAGCGAGGUUCUGGGGUCGGUCGUGAAUGCCGCGUGUACGGGGGCGACCACCAAAGAGGGGGCCGCCCCCUACGGCAAGAAACUUAACUCACGCCGACUUGAAUUCGUCGAGCAGAUUCGCGCGUCCCUAGUGAAAUACGGGGGGAACGGCAGGCUGAUGUUCCGUGAUUUGGUGCAGAAGAGGGAGGCGGGGCGCCUUGCGGACGAUGAAAAAUGGUUUCGGUUCGACUCGACUUUCUUUUCUGAAAAGAAGGAGCGCUUGUUUCAGCGGUUUCUGUGCAAAAUGUGA